AUGACAGGAACAAGUCGAUUCAAAAACACCAAACAAAGAUUACUAUUAUUUAGUGAAAAUAAUUCAGGAAUAAAUGGAUACUCAAUUGUUAUUGGAGCUGUUCAUUUUGUUGAUAUUCCUCGUCGCGGCGAGAGCCCUAUUUUUAAUCCACAAAACCACCACAGGACACUCCAAAUACGCCUCUAGCAAGCGAAAAUCCCCCUGCAGGACGCUCGUUUGCGCCGGAUCGGGGGGCCACACCACGGAAAUCCUGGCUCUAAUCUCCACGUUAAACCCGGAGAAAUACUCGCCGAGAUACUAUUUCCUCUCGAACACCGACAAAACGAGCGUAUCGAAGAUCGAAGAGCUGGAAAAACGCUGGAAAAACUCUUCGUAUACCUUAAAGAAGAUACCGAGAAGCAGGAACGUGCACCAGUCCUACGUAAGUUCGAUAUUUACAACGGUUUACUCGAUAUUUUACACCGUUCCGUUGGUUCUGUGGAUACAACCGGAUGUGAUUUUGUGCAACGGUCCGGGCACCUGCGUGCCCGUCUGUCUCGCAGGAUUCCUGCUGAAAUGCGCUUGCGUGAAGGACACUCGCAUCGUGUUUAUCGAGAGUUUUUGCAGGACUAAAAGUUUAUCGUUGACCGGUAAGAUUUUGGUGUAUUUCGCUGAUAAUUUUUUAAUACAAUGGCCUGAUUUGAAGAAGGUUAUUAAAAGAGGCGAUUAUGUUGGGCAAUUGAUGUGAGGUUUCGUGUGAGUACGAUAGAUUUUAAAUAAAC